GUGCCACUUUCAGGUCUCGUCACACACUGCUGGUGUGUUUACAAUUUUUGACAUAGGGUGCAGGACAGAUUACGGGCCUCCACUAUAGCUGCUGCCCAGGCCCCUAAUCUGCCAUGGCCCCAUAUAUACCGCUUCCUCAUGCUAGCUGCCAGUGUCCAGAGUCUCUCAUGGGUCCCUGUACGGCCUCCCAUUGCUGCUGUCUCCAUCGCCACACUCUGCUGCCAUGUGCCACUUUCAGGUCUCUUCACACUGCUGGGUGUGUUUAAUUUUUUGACAUUAGGCGUGCAGUACGGCCUCCCAUUGCUGCUGUCUCCAUCGCCACACUCUGCCAUGUGCCACUUUCAGGUCUCUUCACACUGCUGGUGUGUUUAAUUUUUUAGGACAUAGGGUUGCAGGCAGAUUACGGGCCUCACAUAGCUGCUGCCAG